AUGACAGAAAAUAAUUUUUCCUUGAAGAAGAUAGAAAUCAGUGUUUCUGAAGCAGAAAAGAGAACUGGAAGAAACGCAGUGAACAUGCAAGAAACAUACACUGCUUACCUCAUUGAAACCAGGAGGUUUACUGAGCUGAAGCAUUACAGCGAUGAGCUGCAAUCAGUCAUCUCCCAUCUUCUCCGAGUCAGAGCUAGAGUAGCAGAUCGACUCUAUGGAGUAUAUAAAGUACAUGGAAAUUAUGGGCGGGUAUUCAGAAUAUCAAUGCUUUGUGACCCAGUCAAAGUUGCUCUAUUAAUGUGGUGUUUUUUAAGCAGGUAUGCAUCUUCUAUUGAUGAUAUUUUAGAAGAUGAAGAACAUUAUGCAGAUCAAUUAAAAGAGUAUCUUUUCUAUGCAGAAGCACUACGGGCUGUUUGCAGGAAGCAUGAACUCAUGCAGUACGACUUGGAGACGGCUGCUCAGGACCUCGCUUCCAAGAAGCAGCAGUGUGAGGAGCUGGCCACGGGGACUGUGAGGACGUUCUCCUUGAAGGGAAUGACCACCAAGCUCUUUGGUCAAGAAGCCCCAGAGCAGAGAGAAGCCAGAAUAAAGGUGCUAGAAGAACAGAUCAGUGAAGGGGAACAGCAGCUAAAGUCUAAAAACACGGAAGGCAGAGAAUUUGUGAAAAAUGCUUGGGCUGACAUUGAACGCUUCAAAGAACAAAAGAACCGGGAUUUAAAGGAGGCUCUCAUAAGCUAUGCUGUCAUGCAGAUCAGUAUGUGCAGAAAGGGAAUUCAAGUUUGGACCAAUGCUAAGGAAUGCUUUAGCAAGAUGUAAUCCUGUGAAAUGGAUUUCUCUUCAAUCAAAAUGCCCCAAAACAGAAGCACAAGUCAAUGAAUUUAAGUUACCAUCUAUCCAGUAUCACAAAAAUAUAUGUUGACUAAAUCCAGCUUUGUUUAACUUGAUUAUACAUGUGUUUAUAUAGCACAAAAAGGGUGUAUUUAAUAAAGAUUACAUACAUAUUAAAGUUGAAGUUUUGGGGAUUGGUGCUGAUUCCAAAAUGUUAAUUAAUAAUAUAAACCAAUAGAUUGUCCAUCAGGCUUGUGGGCCAAUGACUGAAUAUCAACACGUCAAUUUCUAGAUGUUCUUUUGAUGCCAGCUGUCUCAGAUCUGUUCACAUAGUCUUUUCCUGAUAUUGAAUUCCUCUAUUUUCUUGCUUAGACCUCCUAAAUAGUUAGAGGGAGUUAUUUUCUCUUGCCUUAUAGUUGAGCUGUUUGGUUUAACAAAGCUCAGCAGAAAUUUAUUGUAAAAUCUAAGAUUUUCUUCCACAUUCGUUGAUGCCCCUGUAACAUACAUAUACUGAAAAUGCCUUUCUUCAGUUUAUGUUUGAUCAGAAUUUUAAUUUUUGAUAUUUGAUACUGGUAAGAAAUUUUAUACUGCCAACAAAGAAGUGUCAGCUUCUCAGACAGGGUGGAACACAUGGUUAGCAUCUAGGAACUGCUCUACAGAAAGAUUCUCAGAUCUGGGGUGGGGUGCAUUGUUAGGAUCGAGGAAUUGCUGUAUAGAAAGUUUUAAUUGAGCAUUAUUGAUUCCCUGAUAAUUCUUAAUCUCAGUGAUGAGCCUGAUUUCCUCUGCUUGGCUCUCUGCACUUGGUAUUUCAGGGUACAAGAUGUCACAUCUCCCUGUGUACAGUCCAUGUAGUGGACACGUGUACUCCUCCACCCUACAUCUUCUUUUCUGUUCCUUGGCUGUGAUUUUUGUAAAGAUGAAUUUGUUGUUUUUGUUGUGUUUCUUUGGUGUCUAUUCUGAAGCCAGGCACCUUCGUUUGCUAGUUUUGCAAGAAUCUUCGGUGUGUAUUGUUGUUUCAAUGUUUUUAAAAAAGUCCCCACUGCUGUUUAACAUCUGACUUUUAUACAUGUGUAAAAUGUUGCUGGAAUUUUGUGCUGUUUGCCAAACUUAUACAAUAAAAAAAUGA